UCCUUCUUUUUUUUAAUCUUUUUCUUCUUCUUCUUUUUGACUGUUGUCUAUAUUGUGCAAAUAUUUAUAUAUAAUAUAUAUCUAUAUAAAUACAAAGAAAAGAAAAGAAAGCAAUAAAGAAGAAGAAUAAACGGCUGUCAUAUAUUAUAAAUAUAAAUAUUUCUUUUAUCAGAUGGUUUUGGACAAUCAGUCACAACAUGAACAAAUUGAGCUUGGUUGGAUCAAUGUAGUUGAAGCCUCUUCAUUUGUUAUCUUUGCUGCAUUCAUCAGCCUAAUUAUGGGAGUAAAGCUUGAAGUGUCCUUGAUAGUAUCCGGAAUUCGAUGUGUGGCUCAACUGACGAUGAUGGGAUAUGUACUUGACGAUGUAUUUAAAACCGAUAAUAUAUACGUGGUCCUAUUUUUGUCUCUUGUACUCGUCAUUCUCGGUACAUACGAACUCGUCUUCAACAGGGCAAAAAAGACAUUCGAUGGGCUGUUCUUAGUAAUGUUUUUCAUUCUCUUGUCAAGUAAUUGUCUUGUGGCAUAUCUGGGGUCAGCAUUUGCAAUUCAGCAAGAUCCAUUCUGGAAACCAACCGUCUUUAUUCCUAUAGUGGGCAUGUUGCUAGGUAACUCAAUGAGUAGUGUUGCCAUGGCAACAGAACGCUGCUUAGAUCAAGUCAGCGUUCAUGCCCCUCUUCUCGAAACACGACUUGCUUAUGGCGCCUCAAGAUUUGAAGCCUCACUUCCUUUGGCUGUAGAAACCAUUCGAAUGGCAAUGCUCCCAACAAUCACACAACUGAGCGUUAUGGGAAUGAUAAACAUACCUGGAAUGAUGACAGGUCAGAUUAUGGCAGGCACUCCCAUGAAGGAAGCUGUCAUUUACCAGCAGUGUAUCAUGUUUAUGGUUGCUGCAAGUAGUACAUUUGGUGUUGUGAUGGCAGUUGGAGCAUGCAUGAUGAUUUUGAUCGAUAAACAGCAGGCUUUGCGUAUUGACAAGAUUAUCGACACAUCUUCGUUUAUCCAGAGAAUCAAAUCUAGUAAGGUCACCAAGUUUCGCGUUGUCCGCUUCAGAACUGUUACUCUACGUACCUGUCUCCCUGCAGCAUUAUUUAAUAGAAGAAGACGCCACGAAGCAAAGUACGAAGAAGUUGAGCUGAGAUAAAAGAAAAAAAAAAAAGAAAAAAAAAGAAGGCAAAUUCAAGGCUGUCAAUUAUUAUUGUUUUUUAUAUCCUACAAUUUUCCCUUCUUCUUUUUUUCCUUCUUUUCCUUUAUCUCCCUCUAUCAUAACUUUCAUUUAUUCCAUAUAUUCUUACACCUUCCUUUACAACCCUCCUACCCAAUCUCUCUCCCUCUUUCUCACUUUCGUGCUCUAUCUCUACCUCUAUCUAUCCACCUUUCCUUUUUUUAGACUCCUUUAGCAGCAAAAAGAGACAAAGGAAAAAUAAGAAGAAGAAGGAGAAGAAGAAGACGCCAGCAAAUCAUCUGUAUGUAUGUAGCCUCCCUAUCUUGUUUGCCAUGAUCCCAUUCACCUGUAUAUCCUUUUUCCUAUUUGAUUUUUUUCUUUAUUUUCUAUAUAUCUUUUAAUAUACAUUCAUAUAUAAUAUAAAUAUAUAUAUUUUGGUUUAAUAUCUUGCACAAA